AUGUCUGGGGACUACGGCAACCUCGUCCUUCCGGAUAGCCGCGAGUUCCUGGAUGACCUGCCCGAAGCCUGUGGCAACAUGCCUGAGUCUGUGACUGACCGAAGACAGGGCGGCGUGGAGCAGAUGCGGAGGAGCAUGAACAAAGAUGCACAGGAUCAGAGGAAGCAGGAGCAUGAGCAGAUGGAGAAGUUCAAAGUCGGCCUCCGGAGCGCAGAUGGCUUUCGCCAGGCGCUGGCUCAUCGCUUCGGCUCCUUGUUAGGAGCCUGGCGGGAGGCACUCGACUACGAUGGGAACAACCGCUUGACUUUUGGUGAGUUUUGCCUGGCAUUGAACCGGCUUGGCAUGCACGGUGAAGUCAGGAAGCUGUGGUGCCAGCUCACGAAGCGGAGUGACGAGUCGGGCUUCUUGUUCUUCAGGGACCUGGAUCAGCAGACGGAUGGCAUGCUGACAGAGUUGCGGACGAAGCUGGCGCAGGAGUAUGAGAACAUGCUCAUGGCUUGGAUCAAGGGCCUUGACACACGAGGGACCGGUCUGGUCAGCGAGAAGCAGUUCGUGCAGUGCUGCCGGAAGAUCGGAUUCAGUGGGAAUGCCAAAGACCUGUUCAAGAGAAUGCAGCCCGAUGCAGGCAGAACACUGAUGACAAUCAGGGACUUCGACACCAAGGCAUUUCAUGCCCUCAGUCGUGGCGACUUCCGCAUGCUCAGCGAACCAGGUCAAGGCUACCACGGAAAGUCGCCCCUGGAGCUCACUUUCCUGCAGCGCAACGAGGCUGGCUUCUUCUACCAGAUCCGGAGGGCAGCAGAUGCGUCACGCAGGAGAGAGUUCGCAAAGGCUUGCAGAGUUGCAAAUCCGUCGCAAUACUGCAUCAACACGAUUGAGGACUUUCAAGACCUUUGUGUCCGCAAGUAUGGAUCCCUCAUAGCAGCAUGGCGGCAGUGUCUGGACAACCACGCCAAUGGCAAGUUGGCGUUCGGUGAGUUCUGCGAUGCCCUCCGUCGCCUUGGCUAUGCCGGAGAAUUCAGAUCGCUUUUCAAGGAGUAUGACAGGGACCAGAAAGGCUACAUCUGCCUGGCCGACCUGGACCCGGAAGCGGACCAGCUGGUCUCUGACUUCCUGGAGCUGCUCGGAGAGCGCUUUGGCACCCUGGACAUUGCCUGGCGGGACGGCUUCCACCAGGAUCCCCAUGGAAGCAUCACGAAGAAGGACAUCGUGGAGGCAUGCUCUGCUCUGGGCUACGCGCAUGACACAGAGAAGUUGUUCAAGUGCUUGCAGACUGCUCCGGGAAAGCAGCUCAUCACAAUCUGGGAUAUUGAUCCAGCCUGUAGCCGAACCCGCAAGCGAGGGCUGGAGGCGGUCAUCCCAAGCGCACCCAGGCCCCUGAGCCCCACUGCUCGAAACAACGAGGCCCACACCUUCUUCCUGGAGGAUGGCUCGCCGUCAUCCAGGACAAGGAACACCAUGAGGAAGACGUUUCACACCUUCAACAGCCCACCGCUGCUGCAGCAACUCCGGCGAUGUCUCCGUGUCCGAUGGGGAUCCACGGCGGCGGGGUGGAGAUACUCUCUGGAUCCGCAGCUCCACGGCAGUUGUGGCUUUGGGAUGUUCAUGAAGGCCUUGGAGGAGUGUGCUUUCGGAGGGAAGCCCCGGGCGCUAUGGGAUGAACUCAGUGCCCUACUCAAGCGUGCUUAA